AUGUUUUGUUAUAAAUUUGCAUUUGUCGACGUCAGCUCACGUACGCUCUCCGAUUCUCUACGCAGCUCGUUAGGAUCAGAGCAUCUCUUUCUUUCCUUUUGCCUGUGUGUCAAGCUGCCGGUGGCUCUGCCUCUGACGCCUUUUCUGAGGUUUCACUUACUCUUGAAAGAUAGUUCUAUCCAAGAAAUUCUUUCUUUCUUUCAUUCUUUCUUUCUUUCUUUUCCUUUUCAAUGCACUUCCUUUCUGUAUUUCGUAUUUUCGUACCAUCUUUUUAUCUUUUUUUACGGGAGAACUUUUCAGAGAUUUCAUUUACUCUUGCAAGAAGGUACUAUCCAAGAUAUACUUUCUUUCUUUGUUUCUUUCUUUUUGCUUCUUUUCUUUCUUUCUUUCUUUUUCUUUCUUUUUUUUUCUUUUCUACAGACGCUUUUUCUUAGGUAUCACAUACUCUUGGUAGUAUUCAAAAUAUGUUUUUUUCUUUCUUUCUUUCUUUCUUUCUUUCUUUCUUUCUUUCUUUCUGCCAUUACAUCGUUGUUUCUUUUCCUUUUUAUCGCACUUUCUUUGUUUCUUUAUUUGUUUCUUUCUUUCUGUCUUUCGUUCUUUCUUUCUUUCUUUCUUUCUGUCUUUCAUUCUUUCGUACUAGGUUUUCAUCUUUUUUUUUAUAAGACGUCUUUUCUGAGAUUUCAUUUACUCUUGAAAGAAGGUACUAUCCAGGAUAUUCUUUCUUUCUUUCUUUCUUUCUUUCUUUCUUUCCAUCAUUUCUACCUUUCCUUUUCAUCGCACAUAUUUUUACUGUUUCUUGAUUCUUUCUUUAUUUCCUUUCUUUCAUUUUUUUUUUCCAUUCUAUCUUUUGAUUUUCUUUCUUUCGUUCAUUUUUCUUUCUAUCUUCUUUCUUUUCGUUUACAUCGUUUUUUCUUCUUCUUUUCCCUACUCUUCCUUUCUUUUACUUCUAAUAGUUCUUUCUUUCUUCCUCUCUGUCUUUCUUUUCCUCCCUUUCUUUUCCCCUUUCUAUCUUUUGGUGCGAAAGUUAUUCUUUUUUUCUUGCUUUCUUUCUUUUCCUUUUCAUCGAACUUUCUUUUAUUUUCAAUUGUUUUUUAUUCCUUGUCAAACAUUUCUUUCUUUUUCCCUCUUCUAUCUUUUGGUAGGCUACAUUUUCUUAGUUACUUUUGUAACAUAGUUCUAUCUAGCAAAUUAUUCAUUUCAUGCGUUCUUCUGAAUUUUUUUUUCAUUUCCAUCCGUUUUUUUCCUUUCCAUUGCUCUCUCUUUCUUUUUAUUUCAAUCGUUUUUUUUUUCUUUUCUGUCUUUCUAACAUCCUUUCUUUAUUUUUUUUUAUUUUUGUUUUUUACACUUCUUCUCCGUCUUUCUUUGAUUCGUUCGUUCGUUCAAAACUAUCUAUCUAUCUAUCUAUCUAUCUAUCUAUCUAUCUAUCUAUCUAUCUCAAUCAUUUCAUUAUAUAUCUAUUUAUCUAUCUAUCUAUCUAUCUAUCUAUCUAUCUAUCUAUCUAUCUAUCUCAAUCAUUUCAUUAUAUAUCUAUCUAUCUAUCUAUCUAUCUUAAUCACUUCAUUAUCUAUCUAUCUAUCUAUCUAUCUAUCUAUCUAUCUAUCUGAAUCACUUCAUUAUCUAUCUAUCUAUCUAUCUAUCUAUCUAUCUAUCUAUCUAUCUAUCUAUCUAUCUAUCUAUCUAUCUUGA